CUCCUACUGUUCCUCUUCCUUCGGCCCCAGUCAUCUCUAUAUACCUGAGUUCAAUUCCAGUCUGUCAUUCCCUGCAGCAGGGAAACAGUUGCUGAACCCCCAGCAGUGCUCUGGCAAGAACAUCACAUCUUCUAAACGUUAAACUUCCUUCCCCCUAUUGUUUGGACUAAGCUUGUGAUAAGUCGGAGGUUUCACUUCCAUGUAAGUCAUUCUGUACAUGAAAUCCCAUCUAUUCACAUUCACUAUGGAUAUUCCCUGUCUCCGAGUUCUUGCUGCCUUCUGCCUACUCAGCGUCUAUCAAGUAAACACUUUCCUUCUGACUCCAGUCUUACAAUUGGAGGACAAGAUAAUUGAUGAUGAAAGCACAGACAUCACCUGCAUGCUGCCCACCAAUGAAACCUUGGAUGUGGACUUAAAGAUUGUUGCAAGAGAGAAUUUCUCCGAUUGUAGAAAUAAAAAGGGACCCCCUCCACAAACAAUAUGUAAAUUGGAUCCCACAAGUAAAGUGCAUGGAAUGGAGGUUACAUGUGAAGCUCAUUUUGUAGCCAAGAGUAAGACAAAAAUAAUCUAUGUCCAUAACAAACCGAAAAUAUUAGAAAUGGAAGUCGUGCCCCCUGCCCCGGUGCCUGAAGGAGAAAAAGUCACGCUGACCUGUAAAGCGGAGGGUAACCCCCCUCCAGCCUACAAAUGGGAAACUCCACCUGCAGCAUUCCAGUCCUCUCCAGACAACCGUACCAUCACAAUCCAGGGGGUGAAACGGGAACACUAUGGAACAUAUCGGUGCAGAGUUCAGAACAAAUAUGGGGAGGCUGUACAGAUACAGAAUAUGUCCCAACCAGUCAUGCCUAAAAUACAAAGAUUUGAAGUCGUACCUCUACCUCCUCUGUCUAAGGGAGCAAAUGUGACUCUGACUUGUGAUGCAGAAGGCCUCCCCAUUCCCACCUACACCUGGGAGACCCCAGCAUCUGACAUAACCUUCUCUCCUGACAACCGUACCAUCAGUAUACAGGGCAUAAUGCAGACUCACCGGGGGAAUUACACCUGCGUAGCUCAUAAUAAAUACGGGACCGACACCCAGAGAAAAAUAAUCACUAUAUCAGGAACCAACAGAGGAGAAAAGACGGAACCAGUUUUUGCCACAAUACUUUUGAUGCUGGUUCCUGCAAUUUUUAUGUAUUGUGUAUAUUAAAGGUUUUAUGGAUAAA